AUGGCCCCUGCAGAUUCAAGAACACAUCUGAAUGACACCUACCUGCAACGACCCCCUUCAUUUGAGCCCUUUGGCAUCCACCGCCAGGACCAGCAACAACGACAGGAGCGUCCCCAACGGAGAGCUGCCUCUGCCGAGACAGAGUCGAAAGGCAGGAUAACAGAUAAUGCCACCGUUCACGACCAGAAUAUCGACCCACGGCACAACGGGACGGACGCAACAGGUUCAAACCAGUACCAGGCCAAUCUCGGACGACCAACAAGGAUAGACCAUCGAACCAAGCGGAUCCCGGCAGUUGUUGGAGGGGUCACGAAGCAUGGAGAAGACCAUGAUGGUCGCUCAAUUGCAUCAAGCGCAACUACAACUUCCCUUUUCGGUCGAGGUGAAACUGGACCACACCGAGACAUACACCACUCUAAUCAGCACAUUCAGCACAACACAAGCCAGCCAAUGACCAUCCGAGACAUUGUCGACAGCGAAGAACUCAGGAACCAACUCGCUGAACUCCAUAGGUCCCUGAACAGCAAUCCCGACCCUCAUCCACCCCAGUACACAUCCUCAGCGCAGGCGCAAAACAGACCUUCCAACAAACAACCUUCACCAAAAUACCCACAGGCGCCAUCAUCAACCGUACAGACUGACCGGACUGGACCUCAACGUGGCUUGCGGGACAACAACGUGGCGAAUGAUCUGACCAUGGACACGUCCUUCCUCGAGAAGAGGUUCAGAGCACGAUUGGAAGCAGACAUCCAAGUGAUGGAGGCGCCUCGGGAACAUGAACAUACGACGGACAAUGGACGGGUGACAGCGAGCAGCAACAUUCGCGAGUCUGACUACCGAAAACUGUUACCCUCAGAACGACAGCGCCGGGAACUAUACUCUUCCUCCUACUCCCCUUCCAACUUUUCGUCUGUGGAGGAAAUCGACGAAGGCGUUGAGAAAGACGAGGACGAUGACGAGGACGAGGAACAAAAUACCGCCGAGCUCAAGGGACCAAACAUUCCCAGGAUAGUGCAGACCCCACCGUUAUCUCAGCCUCAACAACAACGGCCACUAAAUCCUACCAGCAGUUUGAACCAACGUCGCAUGGAACCCGUCGAGCAUCGGAAUAAUGGUCGACCUCCGAACGCAGGAUACGAAAGUGGCGGAGAGCUUUCGUUUGAUCGGGAAGUCGCCAGAGCGCGUGCCAGGCGAGAGUUUGGAGCGUCGCAGGACAAUGGCUCUGGCCGACCCAAUGGCGCAGGAGGCCCAGUUGUAAAGGCGAGCAGACUGGACCAUGGAAGAGAUUUGGCACUUGAGGAUCUUGCGUCACCCGUCCGUUACGACUUUGACGACACUCAAGGAGGCCAGCACCAAUUGAGAGUAGGCGAGCAGCCAGUCGGCGCAGUCGAACAAGGACCAAACAGAAGAGCUCGACCACAAUACCCCACCGUGACUCCUGAGGAAGAGAUGGAGCGUCUGAACAUGGUUACUAAAGCCGAAGACCGGUUCAUGGAGCUUGCCGGGUCGCUGGGAGAGGGACAAGCGGUCGCAUCUUUAUUGGGGACUUUGAAGGGCAUGAUCAGGCAGCUCAAGGCUGAGAAGAGAUCAUCCAUGUCGACGGUAAAGGACCUCAAGAAGGAUCUCAAGCAAGCACAACGUGAACUCCAGCGGACACGUAAGGCGAACGAGAAGCUUUCCAAGGCUAAACCGUCAACGACGAGCCAUAGGAACGGAUCGAAGCACGACAAAGGCACGAGCCUGGACUUAAAUAAUGCGACCCUGAGGCCAAAGAUAAACCAGUCCCAGGAGGAGAAGGAGCAGGAGAGGAAGAACGCCGCCAUCCAACGGGAGAAGGAUCGCGCUGAGCGAGAUGUCCGGGCGCUGCAGAAACAACUUGAUGCAUUGGAGAAGCAGAAGGAGGCUAUGCAGAAGCGGGAGCGACUCCGGGCAGAGGAAGAGGCGGACUUGCUGUUCUUGAUCGAGUCCGAAAGCGAGGACGAAGACGAGGAAGAGGAAGGCUCUGAGAGCGAGAGCGAGAGUGAGAUUGAGAGCGACGACGACGAUAGCUUCCGGAUACAGAGUGAGAGUGCAGUGAGUGGACGCAGCGAUCGAGAGGCACCUUUCGUUGAUACCCGGGCUCGCAGGAACCCAAAGGCCAUGAAACGAUCGUCUAGCAAAGGAACGUCAGCUACGAAGGCCAAGGAUGUUCGGCGCCAUCGUACUGAGGUCGACAACCACCGUGCGCGGGAUCGAACAAGGCAGGCAACCCAGGGUGCGGGUUCUCGUUCCAAAUCGGCUCACCCUUAUACUCACCAUCCCGUCGACAAUGUGGUCCAUAUUCACCGCCUCGUUUAUUAUGGCGACGCUGACAUGGAAGACAUUUCUAGUUCCCGGCCAAAAGUCGUCAAACCGCGUCUCCACCACUCAGCCUCAAGACUGGACGACCAGUUCGCCGACCGUCACGAGGAUGCUCAUCGUCUGAAUAUCGGGGGCGUUCAUCGUAUCAACGAUGCGGGUUUCAGUUCAUACCGUCGUGGCUCGCCACACCAAUUGGAGAAAUCUGGAGCCAGCAAGUCGAUUCUGAGCAGGUCAUUCCCAGGACAGAGGAUUCAUGCUUCGCAACACUUUGAAGCACCUGCUGAGGAAUUGAGUCCGUCACGACCGCAUCUAAGGAAACACCAGACUGCCCCUCAUGAGGUGAACUGGGAGGAACAAGGACAGCAGAGUAUCGGAAGACCUGUACAGGCACAGAAGGAUGGAGAGGCGUAUCCACUCUACCGGCCGGGGCCUCAAGCCGCUUCCACGACUCAAGGAUCUGCGCGUAUGGUGACACACGUGCAACAUGGUUUCAGUUUGCGGAGUGCUGGUGCCCACGAACUCACCGUCCCACUCAAGAAUCCAAACUCUCAGCGGAAAAAGAUAUCCAUUGACCUGCAGAGGAUCCUCUCGUUACUCAAGACUCACGAUCCAAGACGGUGUACUGUCUGCUGUAAUGGUGGUGACGGACGAGAUCAUUCUACGCAUCACCAGGACGACCAACAACAACAACAACAACAACAACAACAACAACAACAACAACAACAACAACAACAACAGCAACAGCAGCAACCUUCUCGGCCUACCAUCAAGAUUGACGGCAGGCCUGUACUCAUACGGCACAAGUCCUCGGCCACCACCACCACCAUUUGCUCAACAACAAUGCAGCCUUCGUCGUCUUCUCGUGCGGGUCGUCAUGCUGUCAAGAUCAACGACGAGUAUCGUGAUGCGGUCUCUGACUCUGAGCUAUCGGUGUCAUCGGUAUCGGACAGUGAGGUGAGGGGGAAGAAGGGGACUGCCAGGAACGAGUCGAGGGGAUCGAGGGAUCAUGGAGCAGGAGUCGGAGGACCGUCCUAUCCAACAAGGCAGCGGCGAUCACAAAGCCAACCGCCACAAGCUACCGAGGCCAAUGUUAGCAAUACCAACAACACCAAUAACGACCAUGAUGAUAAUGAUGACGAAGACGAUGAGCAGCACCCUCCAGAGUGGAAACUUCACGUCACGCUGUGCAAGCUAGACAAGGAGGUUCAACAGCUGCGGAAAUCUCACCUGGAUUUGUCUGGCAAGCUGGAGCGACUCGGAAGUUCAUCCAACCUCCAGCCUGCCUCUUCGAUGGUCGCCGCUGCUGCUGAUGAGACAGGAUCCCUGAGCCUGGAAGAGCAGGAGAAGAAGCGACAGCAGCGGCGACAGCUUCGACUGCAGCUUCAGCGAGUGGUUGAUAGUCUGGAGGAAAAGGCGGAGGAGAUCUUGAGUCUGCAGCAUUACCUUCUGGAACAGCAACAGCAAGAGAGUCAUGAGCAGUCAGAGUCGGUUGUGUCCGAAAGCAGUCGGUUGACGCGUAAAAUCCGGAAACCUUCCGCCAUCGCCGUGGAGGAUGAUGUUGGACAGGAUGGCGACGACUUGAGCGUAGGUGAGAGACAGGUUUCUGGUAGCAGGGGGUUGAGGGAGCCCGAGAGGUUCAAGCAUCGAACCGUCAAUGGAUCUUGA